AUGCAGAGGUACGGAACUGCAAGAGGUGAGAUAUCUUGUUCAUUAGGUAUGUUUGUGAAGAGAACAAGCUGAGUUUCACAAAGCAGGUGCUAUGAUAGUGUGAAAAUGUGUAAUUUUUCAUUUUCAUGAUGUACCGUAGUACAUGGGGAAAUAAUAUACAGGCCAGAGUAUCAUUUUUAGAAUGAGGAAAAGAGAAUAGCAUGUAUCAGAAAAUAAACACAAUAUAGUGUAAUACUUUGAAAUCAAAAUGUAACACAUGCAGAGAAAAAGUGCACUUUCACGACUGUUGAAAGUGAUUUCACCGUACUCUGGCAUAUUCUUACAUUUGUGAAUGCACGUUUUUGCUACCGAGACUCUAUAUAUAUUUAAACUAUAGAUUUUUUUUUUUAUGGGUUUUUGGGUGUGUUACAUAUUUUCACUAUUCUCAAAUUGUAGGUAAAAAUGUUUUACUUAAACCGCAGAAAAUUGUUAACUAGCUUCGGCAUUAAAUUUUUCUAAUUUUAACUUCAUUUACUGUCAUCCGUAAACUUAUUGAACUUGCUCAAAACAGUUUGUGCCUGUGCGCUUAUACCAGAAACCAGCUCAACUUUUACAUUGAGAGAAAGACAUCAAUAUUGGCUGGUUAGAGCAGGGGUUCCCAACCCAGUCCCCAAGUACCCCUACCAGUCCAGGAUUUAGGGAUUACCCAGUUGUGUCUAAUGUGUUUUUUUCUUUCUAAUGGAAAUAUCACGGCUUUAGAGCUGGGAAACUGAAAUAUAAUUACAAGACGCUGCGUAAUAUAUUGGCGCUAUAUAGAUCCUAAAAAUAAUCAUUCUUGCUGUUUUGCAUGUGUAGAUAUAGCUGGUUUUAUAGUUGUUUUGCACUUAUGGGUAAUGAUCCAUUCUAAUGAUAAUUCUAGCUAUGAAACUGGCAAAGAUAAAAUGUGACCUUUAACACACAUUGCCCCUGCCAUGUAGAUUUUGAUCACUGCGCAUGGUGGGAUCAUAAGGGGCCUGUACAGCAAAAGCUGCCCAGUUCCUAGUUUUUAAAUUGUUCCUAGCUGCUGGCCACUCACAGUUUAGUACUGGCCAUCGGACAAACUGGGCAAAUGCCAAAUGGGUGGUGAUGGCCAUGGGCCGACAGGGGAGAUCAGAUGAUCUCUAGCAGGAGGAGCUGCAAUCUAGCGUUCACUCACCUCCACCUCCGAGGAUAAAGGUAAAAAGGGAGGGGGGAAUAUAACGUUUAUAAAAAAUGUUUUUUUUAAAUAUUCUUUAUUUUUGUUGUGCGAGCUUUACAUCUUGUUUGAAUAGCCACGACAGCCAUGACAAGCCCAACAGUAACAUUUUAUAACAUCAGUAUGGCAUUUAUGAAUACUGCACAUUUUUAAAUGGUAAGAGUCGAACAUAAAAUAAAACAUCAGCUUGUUAAUUUAUAAAGAGAUUAGUUUCUGUAUGGACAGUGGUGUUAUCGAAGGCAUAGGUACCUGGGGGGAUACUAUAAGCACGUAUGAGAAGGUCUAGUGUGUGUUAGUAUUAUGUUAUUAGUAGCAGCUUUUGCGAGACCUGCUCCCUUAGGGUAGUGUAAGCAUACAUGUGCUAUAGGGGUGCAGGGAAACAGCAGUAAUUGGCCAUCUGGGGGGCCGGUAGGCAGUAUAUGUAGUAGCUGCUAAGAUAUGGCCUAGUUUAACGCAGGCUUUAAAAAAGAGAACAGAGGGUACCGACGUGGUGCCAAUGUAGUGUGUAAAACAACUCCUCAUCAUUAAACUAAAAUAUGCUAUGAGCAGAUUGGAGCUGGGGGGUUAGUUGGUAUAGUGGAGCCAGCUUCCCGGGUUAUUCCCGGUGUCUAUAGUGGAUGACCGUGGAUGUGGCCCCUUCUUGCGUGUGCCGGAGGUUUAGAGUGGUCUAGGGUCAGUGGUCAUUUUGUGUGAAGGGUUAGCUAGAGGGGCUAACCUCUAUCUAUUAAGCAAUGGUAAUGAAAAGAGAGAACAGACAAGAACAAAAAAGUGAACAAAAACAUGAAAAACAAGAGGCGGUGGUUCAUGUGGUUUUCUUCCCAGAUGCGCUCCCGAGAUUUGGGACAAACGGGACGACAUUAGCUGGGUCCCAAGCUGUUGUAGUCGGGGGGGCCCAGUUUCGUCAUUACAGUGUCCAUCUCUGCUAUGUCCAUUACUCGAUGUUCAGUGCCCUGAUGCGGUAUUAUGAGCAUGUGUGCCGGUCCCCCCUCUGGCCACAAGUGAUGUUGUCAGCGGUCGAAGGGAUUUUCGCCAUUGCAGGGUAGUGCGAGACAGGUCUGAGAAAAAUGUUAAGUCCAUGCCCUCAAAGCUGAGUGGGUUCUUCCCCUAAUGGCACUCAUGAGUGCUGCUUUGUCUUGCUCAUUUUGGAAUUUGACAAGGAGGUCACCUGUCGCUGAGCCUGUGAGUUGUGGUUGUUUGGGUAGGCGAAACAUGCCAUCCAGCUGUAUCCCCUGGGGGGCAGCAGAGUUGCAAAAAGCCUGCAGAGGAGAUGGGGCUGCUCAGCUGGGGUCUCAGUGUCAGAGAGGCCUUGUAUUUUUAUGUGCUUUCAUCUGCGUUUAUCCUCCAUGUCUGCUAGUUAGUGGGACAGUGCAGUGUGAGCCGUGGUGAGUUCUCUCACCCACAUCUGGAGGUCUAUCACCUGAGCUGCGUGUGUUUGGGUAAGCUGCUCCACGUGGUGAGGUGAGCAGUAAACUCUUUAACAUCGUCCCUUACUUGGGAGAUCUCUGCGGAUAGUGUCUGGCGCAUGUCUGAGAGGAGACCGUGGUGACCGGGUAACCCGCUGUCGGCAGUGCAGGCUUAGCCGGCCCUCGAUAUCCCAGAUUCUUCGGGCAGUGCAGGGGGAUGUCAUCUGAGCUGUCAUCUGGAGUAGUCCUAGAUGUCAGCCGCCAUCUUAGGCCCUGUCGCGCCAUGCGGUCUCCUCAAGAGAUCACCUAUGUCCGCAGAUUGCCGAGGCCAAUCCGGGCGCAAUUUUUUAGUUUUCUUCCCCAUCAGUGUUGGGGUGUCGCUGGGCUUCUUGCCGUGUAGUUAGCAGCCGUUUUGGGCAGAAUUUUGGCCUUUAGGGGUUCCGAUUGUCGGAGAGCUGUGGGUAUGCUAAUGAUCAGGUUGAGCGCUGGCCCUAUAAAAAUAUUAAUAACAUAAAAAAAAAUACGGAAGCAAAAACCAAAAAGGUUAUGGUGGGGAACAAAUUGUGAUUGAAAACCCCUUCCACCUGUCGUCUGUUGAUAGUCAAUACAAUGUUAAACAAAAAUUUGCACACCAGUCAAGCCAUAAGACUUGCUUUUCCCACAUAAAUCACAAAUCUGCAGUGAUGUUACUACCAGAAAGAAUUCUGGCUGGGCAUAUGCAAAUUAGUUUAACAAAGAAUCACAUUUUUGCCUCAUUCCAUUUUAAACAUGGAUUCCUUUGAGUCUUUGUUUGCUGUAUACAACAGCUUUGAAAUACAACUUAGGUAAAGAUGCAAAGCCAGUGAACCACUUAUGGACAGCUGUUUCGUUGUUAAUGCAAAUCAUCAGCAUGAGGUUGGUUACUGGUUUGCUAUUGAGGGUUUUCAAUCACCAUAAGUAGCUUGCCCUGGGUGUCCCUGGUCUGGCAUUUUCCCUUUAUACGAAUGGAACCAUACACUAGCUCUCUGGUGGCCGUUCGCGGGAACCAAACCCACGAAUAGUACCAGCAGUACUUAGUGGCAACCGGUAUGGAAUUAACUUCGGCACUAGGACUUUGUGGGUUCCCGGUCACCUCAGGGGGAAUUAGCCACAAAUAUUAUGGAACUGUUUUCAGCAGCAGGUGACCGCGCGCGCGGUUCCCGAACAACUUGGUUCGCGGUAUUAAACCACUUUGAAAUCUGCUAGGAGAGCGCUUUUUAGAGGGGAGGUGCCUGAGACUAAGGGGAACAAAAGCUACAGAGGAGCCAGCUGGAGCACCCGUAUUGCGGCUGCAGGAACACCUGAACGUUAACCGGCAAAAGCACCAAACGUCCUGGAACUGUUUUGGGCAUAGGACCAUGUGUGUGGCUGGUCAGAACUAACACAAGGUGGCGUUUCCCCUACACUGCAUGGAUCUGAGCGCUAUUUGGAGAACUUGGGCGCUCAGAUCAAGGCUAUUUAAUGAUAUAUCAUUUGUGUGGGUUCCUAUUUGUUUUGUAUGUAUUUUGAUAAUUUAUGUUUUUGUGUUGAGUCACUCUCACACAGGAAUUUGUGGAAAUUUUGUGGGAGUGUUCUGGGCGUGUUUUACUGCAUCCUUGUUUUGUAUAUAAGUGAGUCAUUUGGCCAGAUUAAAUUAAACACAUUCGUUUCUACCCUUCAUCAAGUCCAGGCUGAUGUUUGGGGAACUGGGAGCUAUAAUCACUGCUAUACUGGGGAUUUGGGAGAACUACAGCGGAUAUACUCAGCCGCAGUAUAGGGGAUUCGUUAUACUGUCGUAAACCCGUGGGAGUAGUAUCGAAUUUUUCCAAAAUAAGGAAGUAAUUUCAAAUAGUGAAUUACCAUUGGACAUCUACAAGAAUUCAGAAAUAGCCAGCACAAAGUUUCUGUGAAAAUGUCAAAAAACGUUGGGCUGCUCUUAGAACCAAAGGUAAGCUGGGUAGCAAAAUAGUACCUUUUCCACUUAACUCCAUGUAGAUGCCAAAGUGAUUCAUGUAUGGGAAGGAGUUUAAAGGCGUUAGAGAUAUCUGUUUUACUCAUCCACACGUUGUGACCUAACCUCCCUUGAUGCUUUGCCAGCAUUAUGGGUGUAAGAGUAUUGUGGGGGAUGUAGUGGACCACAUCUUGAGUGUCGCAGGUUGCCUAUCCCUGUUGUAGUGAGAAGUCAGCAGAUAGAAUCAAGGAAUUGAGACUAGGUGUCGUGGAUGAGUAGCCAAGAAAUCUAUAAUCGGCCUUUUUUUUAUUGUUGAAUUUCCCAGUAGCAAUACUCAGUGGACUGGUUCUCCAGCUAAAAAAUGGAGGAAUCAGAAAAGGGCCAAUCACAAACCAUGCUCUAAUUCUUUGUUCAAAAGCAAAGAAACUGACAAGGGAUCUUGCAAGGCAGAUUGUAAAUUAGGACACUCCAAAAUAGUGGGGAGAGCAACCAUACCCAUGUGGAAACCUACCGAAAACCCAGUGCUCAAAAACUCAACUAAGUGUCUGGAAGGGUGAUUUAACAGGAGAUUCGCCAAAACGUUAAUCUUUAACGGGGGUAGUCACUGCUUGGGAAAGAACAAGUCAGGGCAUAUUGUUUUAGCAUGUGCUCUAAAACCCCUCGAGCAUACGUGAAGCAGUCUACAUGCACUAUACCCACAACCCCAUGCAUUAAAGUUAUUGCAAACUUGCAUCAUGCCCAAAAAAACAAUAGGUCGUCCAAGUUUAUCUUUCAACUCCUUUUGUGGUGGCUUGUAAGUAUAUUGUGCUGCUGCUUGGCUCAUGGAUAGAAAGCUAACAUCGUUAUGACAUAGGUUGGUGGCAUGCAAAGCACAAGCGCAAUUUGCACAACCUGGGACCUUGAGGCCCUCGAAGUGCCUGCAAAAUAAUUAUGUAUCAAGUUGGCUCCAGUCCGUAUGGACAUUGAACUGGGCCAAGGCAGCUGCAGCCUUUGCAGAAAACAACUUGUGGUAGUCAAAAUAAGCAAACCCACCGUACUUAUGCCCAAGGUCCACCAGUUUGUGCAAAUACAAGUCUAAUUCCUGCAUACGGUUCGGGUGAAUGGUGCAAACUACAUCCCUGAACUGACCGAAGGUCAACACAAACUCGGGAAUACACAAUUUUUUGUUCAGCCUAGGAUCUCUAGCUUUUAUUACUACUCUGAGAUUACCAAAUGCAUAGGACUUAUUGUCAACAACAUCUUGGGAAGCUAUGACGGGAAUACUGGUUAUAUACCAGCUUAAUGUCCUUACCUUCCAAAAUAUCCUUCCUUAAGUUAGGUGGUACCAGGUGAGCUGGGGUUACAUUGUGGUGCCUGGCCUUUUACUAUCGUUAUGGACUUUCAAUAAAUGGAACAAUUCCGCUUUCCUAGCAGUGGUAGGAUAAGGUAAAUUUUUUCGUUUUUAAUUCUGCCGUUAUUUUUGGAAUAGUCUAAGAUUUGUAGCUAGAAGCAGGGCUGGGAGGUUCGUUAAGUCUGCUGGGAGAAUUUGUCUUAGCUGGAGUGCUUGGUAGUGAUAACUCAUCACUCUGGAUCGAUCCGUUAGACAUGCUAUGAAAAAGUGAGUUUUUAAUUAUUGUUUGAAGGACUGGAGACUAGGUGAGCAUCUAACGGAGAAGGGAAAGGAGUUCCACAGGAAUGGUGCAGCCCUAUAGAAAUCUUGGAGGCGAGCAUUAGAGGUGGGAGUACGAACAGAAGAUAGACAUAGAUCUUCUGCAGAGCGUAAGGGCCUUGAUGGAACAUACUUGUGUAUUCCGGAGGAUAGAUAGGCUGGAGCAGCAUUAUGUAGGGGCGGAUGUGGGCAACGAUUUUUAAAUGGAUGUGGUUGGCAAUUGACUGGACAUGAGGGGUGAAGGAGAGGUCGGAGUCAAAGAAUACACAUAGGCAGGGAGCCUGCGUGGUGGAACUGAUGGUAGGGCCAUUAACGUGGAGGGAGACAGAAACUGGAGUGAAGACCAAAAGUUCUGUUUUGAUCAGGUUGAGUUUAAGGAAGUGAGGAGCCAUCCAGUUAGAAAAAGCAGAGAGGAAGUAAGAGACACGAGUCAAGAGGGGUGGAGAGAGAUCAGGAGAAGCAGAUAGAUUUGCGUGUCAUCUGCAUAGAAAUUAUAUUGGAAGCCAAAGGAGCUGAUAAGUUCACCAAGGGAGGCAGUAUAUAUCAAGAACAGUAGGGGACCAAGGACUGAACCUUGGGGAACACCAAUAGAGAGGGGUUUGAGAGAAGAGGCAGAGCCAGAGAAAGAAACACUGAAUGAGCACUGGUAGAGGUAGGAGGAGCACCAGGAGAGCACAAUAUCUUGUAGACCGAAAUUAUGGAGGAUGAGUAGAAGCUGUUGAUGAUCAGUUUCAAACAGUGUCAAAAGCAGGUCAAGAAGAAUUAUAAUAGAAUAGUGACCACGAGAUUUUGCAGCAAGUAGAUCAUUGGAUACUUUGGUCAGAGCCAUUUCGACAGAGUGCUGAGUGUGGAAACCAGACUGAAGCAGAUCGAGCAGAGACUUGGAUUUUAGGAAGUCUAUCAGUCUUGCAUACACAACUCUUUUAAGGAUAUUGGAAAGUUUUCAAAAUCACCUAAAAAAAAAAAGCUACUCAAACCGCAAUUUAUCAUCUCCCCAAAAAAGCCUUAAAGGGACACUAUAGUCACCUGAACAACUUUAGCUUAAUGAAGCAGUUUUGGUGUAUAGAACAUACCCCUGCAGCCUCACUGUUCAAUCCUCUGCCAUUUAGGAGUUAAAUCCCUUUGUUUAUGAACCCUAGUCACACCUCCCUGCAUGUGACUUGCACAGCCUUCCAUAAACACUUCCUGUAAAGAGAGCCCUAUUUAGGCUUUCUUUAUUCCAAGUUCUGUUUAAUUAAUAUUUUCUUAUCCCUGUUAUGUUAAUAGCUUGCUAGACCCUGCAAGAGCCUCCUGUAUGUGAUUAAAGUUCAAUUUAGAGAUUGAGAUACAAUUAUUUAAGGUAAAUUACAUCUGUUUGAAAGUGAAACCAGUUUUUUUCUUCAUGCAGGCUCUGUCAAUCAUAGCCAGGAGAGGUGUGGCUAGGGCUGCAUAAACAGAAACAAAGUGAUUUAACUCCGAAAUGACAGUGAAUUGAGCAGUGAAAUUGCAGGGGAAUGAUCUAUACACUAAAACUGCUUUAAUUAGCUAAAGUAAUUUAGGAGACUAUAGUGUUCCUUUGAAUUACUUGUAUUACAUCCCUCCGAACAGUUAAAAGCUGCCGUUAUCAGCUAUCAGCUGUUAUUAAAUCAGCCCCUAUUUUAGCCCAAUUUUUUAAAUGUGGUUUCCAAUUCAUAACAAUUCAUUCAUGAAUAAACUCGGCAGACUUUUCAACUUCAAAUUUAUUGUGCAUUUUACUUAAUCUAAUGCUCAAACACUAAUAUCCCCAAUUACUAAAUCAGUUUUUCUUUUUCAUACAAUGUGAUUUGCAUAUUUUACCAGAAUUGUCUGUUUAAUGCACAAUGUGCAAUGGUACAUACUGCAUUACAGAAUAUUCUAACCUGACAUCUUGCAAAUGUAUAAUUUUUGUUUGGAUGCACAUUAUAUUCAAAUAUGCUAUCUGAUCUCCUGUGUCUCACCUUUAUCUCCACAGUGCCGCUAUCAACCCCUUUUUGAAAGCUCUUGUUAUACAUGAGGUAGAAGAUUCCUCUCAUCAUGGACCUUUUAACUUGUCCCCCAAUAUCCAGUACUUCAUUCUACUGGGACAAAAAAACUCUUUCCUAAUUCAGUCUCUAAAAAUCAAUGACUUUAUCACCAUACAGGUCUUUCUUCAAGGUGAAUCCAAUUACUUCAUGGGUCACUCGAGAAUGAUGAAUUUUCUCAGGACUUGCUUUCAGUUGGGAAUAAUUUUGCUUCCUUUCGUAGCAAGUUACGGAUUUAGGAACUGCAUACAAAGCUACGGCAAUCAUGAGAGUUACAACUGUGUCCAUCGCCUCCUGCUGAACAUACAGAGCGCUGUGUCCGACCUACCAAACAACACCAAAUUUCUGAACGUAUCGCACAACAAUAUUGUAACCUUACAUCAGGGAAGUUUUGGUCACAUGCCGCUGAUUCUGCAGUUACGUAUAGAUUACAACAAUCUAAAGAAUAUUAAAACUGGGGCAUUUGAUAACUUGACUAAAUUGGAGAUUUUGGAUCUUUCAAACAACAACAUCUCCUUUCUUCCUAAAGACGUCUUCAGAGGUCUUAGAAACCUUACAUAUCUCUUUCUUCAUCAGAAUUCCAUUGACUUUAUUCAAGUUGAGUUACUUAGGCCUCUUGUUAGCCUAAGAUUCCUGAACCUGUCGUCCAAUUAUCUUAAGAGUUUCCACGAAAUUGUUGAGUCCAUCCAACCACUGCAGAGAUUGAAAUCACUUUUUGUAUGCAGUAACAGUCUAACGUCUCUCAGUCAUACUCACAAUCUCCCCUUAUCCCUGUCUCAACUUUUCAUUUGCAAUAACCGCUUGCAAGAAUUACACUGUGAUAAAAAUUUGUUCAUCAACGUAAAAUAUCUCGAUCUAUCAUGCAAUAAUUUGACCUCACCUUCCUUGCAGUCAUUGAACUUGACCAAGAUGAUAUAUUUGAAUAUGCAGUACAAUAAGUAUUUUGACAUAUAUAAAUUCAUUCAAAAUUCUAGUAUUUCUCUAAGCAACAUAGAUUAUUCCGGACUUGGUCUAACUAAUAGGAGCAAAAUAUCCGAAUUGUGUUAUUAUUUAAAAGGCAUUAAUAUGACCAGUCUCUCCCUGCUGGGAAAUGAGAUUAAGUUUUUGCCAGAAAACACUCUUGAAAAUUGUACAGUUAAAAAUACCGUGGAUUUAUCUAGAAACAAGAUAAAAGAUGUUAACUGCCUGAGAUUCAUGUAUAGGUCUGAAUUUAAGACUUUGAUUGUGGAACACAACCUCCUAAAGGAAUUAAAAAGCUGUGUCAAUAGAGCUAAGUUCUCAAAUUUGACAUACAUUUCCUUCCGAUUCAAUAGAAUUUGGUCAGUUAAUGAACACGCAUUCAGUUAUGCACCAAAUUUACAGGAACUGAAAUUAAACAUCAACAACAUUAUUUUUUUAAAAAAGCAUUCGUUCAGUGGCCUUAAAAGUCUGAAAUCACUGCGUCUGGAUAAUAACCUUAUACCUGAUAUAUAUCCUAAUCUUUUUGAUGAUCUGACAGAGCUCAGAAUACUCAAUUUUAGAAACAACAGACUAUCUGUUAUCUUUGAUAAUGUCUUCCAAAGACUGGGGAAUCUCACAAUCUUGGAUCUAGGAGGCAACAAAAUAACACACCUUGAAAAUAAUUCUCUUUAUGGACUUCAAAGCCUAUCCAAGCUAUAUCUGGAUGGAAAUAAGAUUCAGACCAUCAGCAGUGACACCUUCCGUAGUAUUCAGAACACUUUGCAAGUGUUGGACUUGAUGGCCAACCGUCUUAGUUUUGAAUCUUCAAGGGAAUAUUUCUCACCAUUCUACAAACUUAACAAGUUGUAUGAUAUGAAACUCCAGAAUCAGCAACCAUUUGGCCUUAUAGUCAUACCUUAUGGGUUCUUUAAAGGGUUAACAUCCCUGAGAUUACUAGAUUUGGCACAAAACAGGCUCACACAUCUCCACGCCAAUGUGUUUGAUGAACUCGGCCAAUUGGUUUAUCUGAGUUUGUCAGAUGACUGUAAUGGAAUACAGAAUCUACCCGAUGGAAUUUUCAAGAAUCUAUUUAGUCUACGUUCAUUGAAUUUAGAGAAUAUAUGUCUGCAGACCUUAAAUCCUCAUGUCUUUUCAAAUCUUACCAAGUUGAGAAAACUUCAGUUGAUGAAAAAUGCCUUAAAGCAUAUAAAUAUUGAUAUUUUAAAAAACAUGACAAGCUUAACAUAUCUUGACAUUCGAAAAUCCCCGAUUACUUGCACAUGUAACAAUGAACCACUCAAGCAAUGGUUGAGUCAGCCUCAGGUGCACGUAGUGUUUCCCUAUAACUUGUCAUGCUCAGACAAUCCCAACUCAUACUUCCAUGACUUUGAUAUCAAAGUCUGUGAUAUGAAACUCAAAUUGCAGCUUUUCUGUGUCUCCCUUACUAUUGUGCUGCUUUUUACAGUCAUCCCCAUUGUCUAUGGCAAAUCUUAUUGGCACAUCAAAUAUAAUUACUUCCUCUUUAUUGCCUGGCUACACGAACGCUGGAAAUCAAACAAGGAGAUGUACAAAUAUGACGCAUUUGUUUCCUACAACACCCAUGAUGAAGAAUGGGUCUACAAAACAAUGCUUCCAACUUUAGAGUCCUGCAGUCCUUCUCCGGCCCUCCGACUUUGUCUUCAUCACAGAGAUUUUCAGUUGGGGAGGGAUAUCAUAGACAAUAUAGUGGACAGUAUUCACAAUAGCCGUAAGACUGUCUGUGUGGUCAGUAGGAGCUAUCUCCGCAGUGAGUGGUGCUCUCUGGAAAUGCAGUUGGCUAGCUACAAGCUGUUCGAUGAGAUGAGGGAUGUUCUUGUCCUCCUAUUGUUGGAAGACAUCCCAGAUAGAGAACUUUCCACUUACCACAGAAUGAGGAAAGUCAUGCUGAAGAAGACCUAUAUCAGUUGGCCUUCAGAACAGGAAGCACAGAAGCUAUUUUGGGCUAAACUUAUAAAGGCAUUGAGAGGCAGCAACACCGUAGAAAUGGCAGAAGGUUGGAAGAAUAAUGUAACUAAACAUGCUUUGUAAAUAUGGACCAAAAUCCAAGAUGACCUUCUAUGAAAGUGUCUUCUUCAUAAGAAAAGACCUUGCGGUACCUUAUGUUGUAGAAGUGUUUAUAUUGUAAUUUACAUGAGUUAGAGAGCCUGAAUGUGACUUGAUACUAUGAGUCCAUAAUGACUUUUUUUUUUUUAUUUAAAAUAUUU